AAAAGCCUCUGGUAGGUCCAAAAUGGCAUCGGCUCCUUUGAACGUAAAGGACUGACCACUAGUUGUAAAUGCUCCUUUAAUGCUUCCACUCUUCCUGAUAAGAUUUUUUAACUCUAAUAUCUCUUACCAUUUCUUUUCUUUUUGCUUCCAAUUUUACUUCCCACAAGAAUCUUUCUCAGAUUCCAUUUCUGGUUUUCCUUUUGGUAUUAGUUUCACUUCAACAGAAGAGAGCAAAAGCUUUUUAUGCCUCUUUGAGUAAACUACUUGAGCUAUCCUUGAAAAAAAAAAACCAGAAGGGAAAAAUGGGUGUUUUGAGCUCUGUAAUGGGUGUUUUUGGAUUCGGAAUUGGAACUUCGGUUGGGAUCGUCAUUGGGUAUUACAUGUUCAUCUACUUCCUUCCCACUGAUGUUAAGGAUCCUAAAAUCCGUCCUUUGGUUGAGGAAGACUCUAAAACUUUGCAGCAGUUGCUUCCAGAGAUCCCUUUGUGGGUCAAAAAUCCAGAUUUUGACCGUGUUGACUGGCUUAACAAAUUUAUCGAGACCAUGUGGCCUUAUCUAGAUACGGCGAUUUGCACAACUGCUAAGAAUAUAGCAAAGCCCAUUAUUGGUGAGCAAAUUCCAAAAUACAAAAUUCAAUCAGUUGAAUUUGAAACACUUACUUUGGGUACCCUGCCACCAACUUUUCAAGGAAUGAAAGUCUAUGUCACUGAUGAGAAGGAAAUUAUUAUGGAACCAUCACUUAAGUGGGCAGGCAAUCCUAACAUCAUUAUCGCAGUUAAAGCUUUUGGAUUAAAAGCCACUGUUCAGGUUGUCGAUUUGCAAGUUUUUGCCGUUCCUCGAAUUACUCUGAAGCCUUUGCUCAGUGUCUUUCCUUGUUUUGCCAACAUAUAUGUCUCCCUAAUGGACAAGCCACAUGUUGACUUUGGGCUUAAGUUACUCGGGGCAGAUGUUAUGGCCAUUCCUGGAUUAUACAGGUUUGUCCAGGAGCUCAUAAAAGAUCAAGUUGCAAAUAUGUACCUAUGGCCUAAAGCCUUACAAGUGCCAAUAAUGGAUCCUACACAAGCAAUGAAGAAACCUGUUGGAAUGCUUGAUGUGAAGGUUGUCAAGGCAAUGAAGCUUAGAAAGAAAGAUUUCCUAGGCAAAUCCGAUCCUUACGUAAAACUAAAGUUAACAGAGGAAAAACUCUCUGCCAAGAAGACUACUGUGAAACAAAGCAACUUGAACCCCGAAUGGAAUGAGGAAUUUAGUUUUGUUGUUAAAGAUCCAAACACUCAAGCGCUGGAGAUAAUUCUCUAUGACUGGGAGCAGGUUGGCAAACAUGACAAGAUGGGCAUGAAUGUUGUUCCAUUGAAAGAUCUUACACCUGAAGAGCCAAAAGUUUUUACUCUUGAUCUGCUGAAAAAUAUGGAUCCAAAUGAUCAACAAAAUGAGAAGUCACGGGGGCAGCUUGUCUUGGAAGCCUUGUACAAACCUUUCAAGGAGGAUGAGAUACCAAAAGACGUUGACGACUCAACUAUGGUACAAAAGGCUCCAGAAGGAACACCUGCAGGUGGAGGUUUACUUGUAGUUAUUGUGCAUGAAGCUGAAGAUAUUGAAGGGAAGUACCACACAAACCCACACGUGCGGCUGUUAUUCAGAGGGGAGGAGAGAAAAACCAAGCGUGUAAAGAAAAGCAGAGAUCCGAGAUGGGAAGAAGAAUUUCAGUUUAUGGUGGAUGAACCACCCACGAAUGAUAAAAUUCACAUUGAAGCGUUCAGUACAUCCUCCAGGAUAGGGCUACUGCAUCCCAAGGAAUCUUUGGGUUAUGUUACUAUAAGCCUAGCUGAUGUUGUGAAUAACAGAAGAAUCAAUGAAAAGUAUCAUCUGAUCGACUCUAAGAACGGUCGGAUUCAAAUUGAGAUGCAGUGGAGAACUUCCUAGAUUUGCCAGCAAUAUGUUUAUGAGGAAAGGAAGGUAGUCGUAUUACUUGAGACUACAGCACUGUCACUAUGUUUCUUUCUUCCCUUCCCUUCCCUUCUCCUGUUGAUCAAUCUUCUUGACUCAUUUUUAGUGUGUUAUUAAUUAGUAUGUCAAUAAAUAUCAACUUCCCUGCAAA